GAGGCGGGCGCUGCUGUCUCGCUCGCCGUCACGGGCCUGCUGUGGGCAGAGCCGCGGAAACGUGUGUUUUGAAACACUUCAGCGUCUUGGAGUUGCGGAUAGGAAGGGGUGUCUGCUUUGGCCGCGCGUCGCCCUGUCCCCGACCGAGGGCGAGGUUGAGGCCCGGCGGUGGCUGCGGAGGACGUCUCCGGGAGCGCGGGACCCUCGGGGAGCCUCCGGCCCGGGUGUCGCGCCUUCCCGCGGGAAGGACCCGAGAGCCUCCAGCGCCGCCGCCCGGUCCUGGUAACCGGGGCGGCGGUCUCGGGUUGGCGCUGCGGCAUAAACCAGAAAUAAGCAGCCACGCAUCGCUGUUGGACCGUCCCAUGCCUCAUAACCCUCGAAGAGUCUGGUUCUGAACCAAGGUAGUUGAGGUUUACCAUUGUUUUAUCGGUCAGCGCGAUGGAAUUGAUUUUGGAGAUUCGAACUGAAGCGUUUGCAGAGGGAAUGUUGUUUUAAUGAAAAUGAAUAAAAAUAACUCAUUUUGAGAAAACCAUGGCAAAAUCAAACACAAAACACAGAGUUUGCUCUUGGGAAUCUUCAGUAUCUUCUCUCCUAGCAAGUUGCAGCCUAAGUUGUGAUAGUUCUUCCACAUCCGGAGGCUCUUUUCACUAUAAGGAUAAACUGUACAGUUCUGCUUCUCAGGCUCUACAGGCCUACAUUGAUGAUUAUGAUCUAAGCCAAACAGACCAUGGUGCAAGUACUGGAAAAAUUAACAUUGAUGAAGAUUCUGCUAAUAAGCCACAAUUUUCCAACUAUAUGUAUAAGCCAAAUAGUGCUCUUGAAGUUCUUGAUCACAAACAUCACUCAAACUCCUUAUCCUAUAGAAGAGAGACUAUUAAUGAUAUGGACUCCAUUAGCCUGACAACUGAUGAUUUGUUAAGACUUCCAUCUGAUGGAUCCCUUUCUUUCACUUGUGUUAGACUGGGUCACCAAACAAGCAAGAAAAACAAAAAAUUCAGUGGAAGACUGGGCUUAUCGGAUAUGAAAAAGAAUCCAAGUUAUCAAGUAUCAUCUACUCCCAUGGGCAAGGAUAACUUAGUUACUCCUGAUGUAUACAUAAAUGGAAAUGGAAAUGGAAAGCAAUGUGGUAGGCCAAAAAACCCAAAGCUUUUGAAUAGAAAUAGUAAGUGUGGCUUGGAAUCAUUAAGUUUUCCUAAGGAAACACCUUUCAAAAACAACCUAGAACAAAAUCCUGAAAAGAAUUAUCCAAGGUGGCUCACUAGCCAGAAAUCUGACCUUAAUGUUUCAGGGAUAACUAGUAUACCUGAUUUCACAUAUCCAAUUUGGCUCCACAAUCAAGACUUGCUACCAGAUGCAAAUAAUCAAAGAGUUGAUAAAAUAACUAAGGAAGAUGAACAUUCCCCUAUACAUAGUUACCAUGCACAAAUAACUUCUCAACACAGAAAUAACGUAGAUUGCUUUGAAUAUCCCUUUGUAUCCUCAAAAUUUUCAGAUUCCUUCAGUGAGGAAAAAGGAUUAGUUAAUGAAUAUACACGUGAUUCUGAGCAUAGCCAAUGUGAAUGUGAGAAUCCACUUCUUCCAGGACAAUCUCAAAAGCCAUUCAGUGGUGAUAAAAUUGAAUUGCUUAUCCUGAAGGCCAAGAGAAAUCUCGAGCAAUGUACUAAAGAAUUGCCAAAGCCUGUGAAAAAGGAUGACAGUCCUUGCUCAUUGGAUAAACUAGAAGCAGAAAGAUCAUGGGAAAAUAUUCGAGUUACUUUCAAAUCUCCUGUCCCUGUUAAUUCUGAUGAUGCUGCUCAACAAAGUUCGAAGGCCAAGUAUGUUAAGGAGGUUCUUGAAGACUUUUUAAAAAAUGAUAAUCAGGACUCUACUCUAUCUGGUGGUAAACAUCAUGGUCCUGUUGAAGCCUUGAAACAAAUGUUAUUUAACCUUCAAGCAGUACAAGAAAGUUUUAAUCACAGCAAAACUAUAGAACCAGAAGAGAUGAAGCAAGUUUCAGAAGAUGAUUUUUCUCAAUUACAGUUGAAGGAAAAUAUGGUUUCUAUUACUAGGUCUCUUCAAAAGGCCUUACACCAUUUAUCCCACCUCCGAGAACUGGUUGAUGAUACUAAUGGGAAGCAGUCAUCGAAAAUGUGAAGAGGAAAAUAAAACUGUCACCACAAUAAAUAGUCACUACAGAGUGAAUUUUUUUUUAUAUUAUCUAAACUGACAAAGUAAAUAUAUGCCAUACAUUAUUCUAUGGCUGCAUCAAGUAUUCUUCCAAAAACUUGAACAUGGAAAUGUCUGCAGGCCUGAUUUUGUGAAUACUAGAAUGUGAACUGGAAGCCACCACAGUAUAUCUUAGAGUGUUUUCAUCUUCAGGCCAGCAAAUGUUCAGAAUUCAAAAAUGGAUAACUGAUGCUUACUUGGACUUACCCUUUCUUCAGCAUCCAAAAUCUUAAGGAUUUUUUUAAAAUAUACAAUAUCUGCUUUUGAAAAGCAGUUUAAAGAAAUAUCCAAAUUGUUAUGGAGUAUCUUAUAUUGAAUUCUUUUAUUUUUAAGACUUCAUAAAUAGAAUAUUUAAGAUACAUUGUACUUGUAGUGGCAUUGAUUUAAUAGUAUGUGUGGCAAUGUUAAUAGGAAUGUUCUUUUGUAGCGUGAUUUCCAUAGAACCUCAUUUAGUUAAUAUGUUUUGUGUUAAGAUAAUCUUGAUAAUACUUGACAGAUUACAAAUCAUAAAUAUUA